UCCAAUGUCUUCUCUAUGUUUGAACAGACACAGAUUCAAGAAUUCAAGGAGGCCUUUACGCUGAUCGACCAGAACAGAGACGGCUUCAUAGAUAAAGAAGACCUGAAGGACACCUAUGCUUCACUUGGAAAGCUGAACGUGAAGGACAACGAGCUGGAGGACAUGUUGAAGGAGGCCAGCGGCCCCAUUAAUUUCACCAUGUUCCUGAACCUGUUUGGGGAGAAGCUACAUGGUACUGACCCAGAGGAAACCAUUCUAAACGCAUUUAAAAUGUUUGACCCGGAUGGCAAGGGACACAUACACAAAGAUGAAUUGCAGCGCGUACUGAUGACACAGGCUGACAAGUUCACGGCAGAGGAGGUCAACCAGAUGUUCCAGUCCUCCAACAUCGACCAGUCAGGAAAUCUGGACUACAAGUCUCUUUGUUAUAUCAUCACUCAUGGGGAGGAGCAGGAGUAGUGAGGAAAUAUUUGCAUCCUCUGGUUCCUACCAUGUGCACUUUGUAUAAAUAUGAAAGAACUCCCAUC